UUCAGACGUACAUUACGUUACGUCCGCAUAGAGCUAAUACGCACGUAAUUUUUGAACUCGCAUUUGGAACGUGACGUUCGAAAUUUAAAAAAAUAUUUUUUUAUUUUAUUUAUCUACAAUGGUCAGAACGAAGGACGGCGACGGGGUGAAGAGUACUCUGAUAAUAACAGAAGUACAGAAAAGACCUUGUCUGUUCGACACGAACGAUCCAAGUUACAGUGACAGGGCGGAGAAGUCACGGUGCUGGGAGGAGGUGUACGAGUGCGUGGUGCCGGGCUGGACUGCUCUGGGGUUGACGGAGAAGUUUGCGGCUGGUAAAGAGGUACAGAAGAGAUGGCGUUCGAUUCGCGACUCGUACACAAAAGCGUACCGGCAGGGCAAGUGCAUCCCACCAGAGAACUGCCAGCCCGGCAGCCGUCGCUACCAGUAUCACAAGCAGAUGGAGUUCCUGCUGAAGGCAUUGCAGAGCAAGAAACCAAGAUAUUCCCAAGACAAAUAUGAAUCGUUCUCUGAAGUGUCCAACUCACCACAACAUCCGCCGCCUGAAGAUAUCAUUCCAAAGAUAAAGAACGAGAUCAUAGACAAACCGCUGGACUUAAAAACCAAACCGGAUAUCCCAGAGAAACCAGAAACACUUGACAAAUGCAACCAAGCAACCAUGAACACUCAAGAGAAGCCGAUAGAGUUAAAAAGUCGCUCGCUAGAAAUAAAAAUUGACGCGAAUUCCAUAUUACCAGAUGAUCACUUCGACGAUGAUAAAUUGUUUAUGAAUUCUCUGUUGCCGCUUUUCAAGAAAAUGGACGAUGAUACAAGGUUACUGUGUAGAAUCGAGGUUCUAAAAAUUAUAAGAUACGCAUUACAAGGUCACAAGUGUUUUGAAGCGCUCAAAAUGGCGGAGGACAGCUUUUUCAAAAAUAGAAUAAGCGGGAUUCUGGCCAAGGAGGAAGUUAUGGAUAGUUCAAUGAAUUCAAAGUCUAACGAUUCUAGAUUGUCUAUGGUCACCCGGUCGGCCGACGGCACGAGAACUAUUAGGAAACGAAGGGAUCGCUCACCGACACCCCUACCAAAUCCGAUUAAAAGGAGAGGUCCAGGACGCCCAAGGAAGAUCCGCCCCCCUCAGUCCGAUUCUGAUGAGGAACACCUCGCCAGGAAACGCUGUUCCAAGAAGGUGGCCCCAAUGGAACCCCGACUGUCUGAAAUGGAUGAGUCGCUCAGCAAGGCCACCAGCGUCGCACAACUCUCAACGCCGUUGUUCAUGAAGAUGUACAAUCUGGAGCGUUCGAAGCAAGCGCCAAUGACGUGCUCGACUCCACAGAACAUGCAGGUGUCAGUGAAGACGGAACCCGUGGACCCUGAACCGCAACCGAGUUAAAUUGUAACCCACAAACCUAUGGGUUUAAGUGCUGAGAUAUAUGUAAAAUAAGUUUAUUAACUGUAACCCGACUACUGACUAAAAGGUAGAUACGUAGAUGACGUCAUAUGGUUGACAGGGGGUGGAGGGAGGAGGGGGAAAGGUCCGCAAAGUGUGAUGCUAUAUAAAAAAUUGAUUAGUUUUAGAGUUCGUUUAGAAAUAUGAAAUGUAGUCACAUAUUCUUACCCUACUGGUAGGAGUGUUAAUUUUUUUUUAUUGGUUUUUUAUCGAAUAUCCUAAAUAUAACUCUAAACCCGCAGCAGGAUUUUCAAUGCGGCUAAAGGCCAAGUCCCGCCUGAUGGAUAUGAUUAUAGUUUAAGAGCACCGCUAGGGGUUCGAACCUCGGCUCAAGCCGUCGUAAUUUCGAUCCCCGUUUGAAUUGGACGGGCGAUCGAUUUCACAUUUAAAUGUGAUCAAUUGAAACGGUAUGUUAAAGGGGGCCGAUAGACGUGGAUGGAUGAAAGUAAUAUAUACAACAUAGAAGAUUAUUUUUCAUCAAAAAAUGUCAAGCCAUAACUCUACUUUUGCAUCGCCGUAGUCGGGUAACAGGUUAAAAAGUUACAUUUAAGCGUAGUUCACGGAUGCCCCCGAAUUGAGGAAGUUGUGAUAUAAAUAAUAGACGCUUGGAUAGUGAUGUAAAGUAUAGAAUUAGAUUGUAAAUAAAUGCCAUUUCUAACCGACUUCGAAAAUAGGAGUUGUAUUUUUUUAUUGUUUACUUUGAUAACUUAGGCGUUUAUGAAACGUUGUGGAUGUUUUUUU